ACUGUAUCGUCCCUGACGGGAGCCGCUCAGUCGAACACUCGGCAGCGACCAGUGUGCGCGCGGGCUCGGCGCGAAACGCGCGUCUUCAAUCGCAAUUACUUAUCUACUUCUUUGUGACGUACGAAUGACCAGAGUUUCUUAGUUUAAUAAAACCCAUUGUGUUUUGUUCAAAAUGAAAGUGGACAAAGAUUCGUGCCUUCCGGGGCCAGUGGACACUAAGCCCAUUCUCUCUGACAGGAAAGGGAGCUUAAAGGUGACCAUCACACCGGCGCAGCACAAGACCCUCACACAUCUGCCCAAGAGGCCGCCAGUGGACUUGGCGUUCACUGAACUCACCUACAAAGUUCAGGAGGGAAGAAAAAGCAAUGUGAAGACAAUCCUCAAGUCGGUCUCUGGCCGACUUCGGUCUGGCGAGCUGACAGCCAUUAUGGGGCCAUCCGGUGCUGGAAAGUCUACCCUACUCAACAUUCUUACAGGAUACAAAACCUCAGGAAUGGAAGGCAGUAUAACAGUGAACGGCAUGGAGCGAAACCUCUCGAGUUUCCGCAAGCUGUCCUGCUAUAUCAUGCAGGAUAACCAGUUGCAUGGAAACCUUACCGUUGAGGAGGCCAUGGCUGUAGCCACUGCGUUGAAGCUGCCCAGUGCUACCACCAGCGCUGAUAAGGAGGAAGUGAUCCAAGAAAUUCUCGAAACUCUCGGCCUUUCGGAGCACCACAAGACAAUGACAUCCAACCUCUCCGGAGGUCAAAAGAAACGUCUUUCAAUCGCCUUGGAGCUCGUCAACAAUCCCCCUAUUAUGUUCUUCGACGAGCCAACCUCAGGCUUGGACAGUUCCUCUUGUUUCCAAUGUAUAUCGUUGCUGAAGACCUUGGCGAGGGGGGGUAGGACCAUCAUCUGUACUAUUCAUCAGCCGUCCGCUAGAUUGUUUGAAAUGUUCGACCAUUUGUACACGUUGGCUGACGGCCAGUGUGUCUACCAAGGCAGUACUGGACGACUUGUUGAAUGGCUCGGCAGCUUAAGCCUGCAGUGUCCAUCAUACCACAACCCUGCGUCCUUCAUCAUUGAGGUCUCGUGCGGCGAGUAUGGAGACAACACCGGCAAGUUGGUGCGUGCUAUCGACAACGGCAAAAAUGAUAUCAGAAAUGGCAUGCCGUUCCCAGACAGCAAAGUGCCCGACUACAACAACAAGAAAGCUAUGGAGGAAUCUUUGAACAAGGAAUGGAACAAGAACGACUUAUCCCAAGUGCAGGAGAAGUUCCGCGAUGGCAACAACACCAAUGGCAAUGGCAAUCUACAGAAUGGAAUACUGCAGUUUGCUGCUAGCGAAAUUGCUAAAGGUGACCCGCUAGUAGUACAAAUGGACACAGAGAAACAGGACAACGUGGAAGUGGCUCUCUUAGGUGGCGAAGGUUCACCCAGACGGUAUGCCACCUCUGAACUCACGCAGUUCUGGGUCGUACUCAAGAGGACUUUGCUUUUCAGUAGAAGAGAUUGGACUCUGAUGUACCUCCGUCUGUUCGCGCACAUUCUCGUCGGCUUCCUGAUCGGUGCACUGUACUACGACAUCGGCGAUGAUGGCUCCAAAGUGCUGUCUAACCUCGGAUUCUUGUUCUUCAAUAUGCUGUUCCUUAUGUACACGUCCAUGACAAUCACUAUUCUUAGUUUUCCUCUCGAGAUGCCUGUGCUGGUCAAAGAACACUUCAAUCGAUGGUACUCGCUGCGGUCGUAUUAUCUCGCUAUCACAGUGUCUGAUAUACCUUUCCAGGCGAUAUUCUGCGUGAUCUACGUAGUGAUAGUAUACCUGCUGACGUCACAGCCGCCGGUGUGGUUCCGGUUCGCGAUGUUCCUGUCGUCGUGUCUGCUCAUCUCCUUCGUGGCGCAGAGCGUCGGUCUUGUUGUUGGCGCUGCUAUGAAUGUUCAGAACGGCGUAUUCUUAGCCCCCGUAAUGUCGGUCCCGUUCCUGCUGUUCAGCGGUUUCUUCGUGUCGUUCAACGCGAUCCCGGUGUACCUGCGCUGGAUCACGUACCUGUCGUACAUCCGCUACGGGUUCGAGGGCACUGCGCUCGCUACUUACUCCUUUGAUAGGCCUAAGCUGAAGUGUCAUCAGACCUACUGCCACUUCAAGAACCCAGAAACGACACUGGAAGAGCUCGACAUGUUGAAUGCAGACUUCACCCUCGACAUCGCGGCCUUAUGUCUCAUCUUCCUCGUCCUACGUAUCUCCGCCUUCCUCUUCCUCCGCUGGAAGCUCAAAUCCACCAGAUAAGCGACAAACAACCUUAUUUCUAUACAACUAGGGUAGAAAACCAAACAGCUAUUUUAAGUUAGGGUUGUCACUUUGUCCAAAAAUGUGAUUUGACCGACUUAUUGUGGUGGAUUGAGUUCUAAAAGCAAGUUUUCAAAGUUGUACUGAAUUUUGAAUGCCAAAGGUGACUAAUUUAAACGUACAACAGAAUAUUUUCUUUAAAAAAUUGCUUUUUAAAUGACUCAAUCAUUUUUUUUUGGUAAUCAACAGAAGAGUUGGUAUCGACAAAGUUACAAUCGCAGUAGUUAGUUUUAUUUACGCAGUUAUUGU